AUGUCUCUUUGGAAAUCGUACCGCGCACUUUCGCCAACCACCCGCUUUGGCGUUGGCAUUGGUGUGCUGUUUUGGGGCACGGCUGGCCUGUACUUUUCGGAUUCGGCUGCCGACCGCAUGGGCAUGACACCGACAGAGGCAGACCGGCAGUCCCUGGACAAGAUGAUGCCAAAGAUCCAUGUCGUUGAUCCCCAGGAGAAGUGA